UUUUAUCAAGCAUUUACCCUCAUCUCAAUUCCACCUAUUAUGUUGGGCGCGGUCAAAUGGAUUGAUUUACGCUUGAGUAACGGCGUUAGUCAGAUUUAAAUAUCAAUUUCUGACUAAACGGCAUAGUGAAAAGAUCAUCAUCCAUCAGCGGGGAAAUUUAUGAAUCCCACACAACGAACGAUAUAUCGAUCAGGAACAGCAACUUGCCUUGGAUGGGAAAUAUUCGAAGCACUGACGCAAAAACUCCGCCGACAACAUAUUGAACAUACAUUUCUACGAGCUCCUGUGAGCUGCCCUGAUAAAGGCUUAAUUAUUGCCGUGAAACAGCAGCAGUUGAAGAACCGGGCAACGAGAUGGAGACAUAUGUUGGAGAUGAAGAACGAGAAGGGUCUGUAGAUGCAAAUAUGGAGAGCGAACCCUUUCUCACACCAACCCCCAGUAGUACACCCUGGGUUGCUCCCAAAGGUUUUGUAUGGAUCGAAGUUGCAAUUUUUGCAAAUGUAUUCCUAUCGGGCUUUGAUGGGACCAUUACAGCUUCAACCUAUGCUGUAAUCAGCUCAGAGUUCAACGCUGCUAACAAUGCCUCCUGGCUGACGACCUCCUAUCUGAUCACAAGUACUGCGUUCCAGCCCCUCUACGGCCGCUUCUCUGACAUUUUUGGUCGGAGAUCUUGCUUCUUCACCUCUACCAUUGCCUUUAUGCUCGGUUGUUUGGGCUGUGCUCUAGCCCCAGACAUCGUGUUUCUAAAUCUGAUGCGUGCGGUGACUGGACUGGGAGGAGGUGGGCUGAUGACUAUGGGUACGUAGAGCAAGCUAAAAUUUCCGUUCACUUUACGCCCCUGUGUAUUCAUUCUUGCCUCACACAUGGAACAAAAUAAUGCCUCUCUAGCGACGAUAAUAAACUCAGACAUGAUCCCAUUCAAAGACCGAGGAAUGUAUCAAGCAGUCCAAAAUGUCCUGCACGGGUUUGGAUCAAUCUGCGGUGCCUCGUUGGGCGGGUCGAUUGCAGACACAAUCGGAUGGCGAUGGUGUUUCCUACUCCAAGUGCCAGUGUCAAUUCUUGCUCUCAUAGUCGGUCAUCUGGUAGUUAAAAACCAAACGCACUAUGAUAACUCGGAUUAUGAGACGUCGCCCAAAGCAACACUGUCCGCGAUUUGGAACCGUGUCGAUCUGUCAGGUGCCUUCUUGUUAAUUAUAGGAUUGAGUAUCCAACUUGUGGGACUCAACUUGGGCGGCAACGAGCUACCCUGGAGCAGUCCCUGGGUUAUUUUAUCCCUCGUUGCCAGUGUCCUUAUCCUAGGACUCUUUUUAUACGUUGAAGCAACCACAUCGGCUAUGCCGGUGAUUCCACUACAUAUGCUACGAGGAAAGCUAGCGGUGUCGGCGCAAAUUAGUAACAUUUGCGUGGGAUUGGCGGCCUAUGCGUUCCUUUUUAUGUUACCACUGUUUUUCCAAGUCGUACUGAAGGAUUCCGCCUCAACCGCCGGUGCACGACUGAUAAUACCCUCCCUCGCCGCCCCUGUGGGCGGUGUUAUAUCUGGUUUCGUCAUGUCGCGCUGGGGUCAGCUAGCCAAUCUUGUUCGCCUUGGUGCAUUGCUCAUGUUCAUUGGCAACGCUCUCGUCAUGCUACUUGGAUUCGACUCUGCCAAAUGGAAGUAUAUCACAUAUAUAAUUCCCGCCAGUCUUGGGCAAGGGAUUGUAUAUCCGGCUAUACUGUUCACCGUUCUCGCCGCUUUCGGCCAUUCUGACCACGCCGUCUCGGCUUCAACAGUCUACCUGAUCCGUUCCCUAGGAACCGUUUGGGGCGUCGCAAUCACGUCAGCAAUAACACAGAACACACUAAAGAGAAGGCUCCCUGAAGCCCUGAUCGGAAUACCAAACAAAUGGAAAGUAAUACUCUUUUCUUUUAGUUCUUCUCUAUUUCUCAAACCAACCACCCUACUCCUCUCCUCGUUCUCCCAACCCCACCCUCCGGUAUCAUCUUUCGUUCAGCAAACCUAGCUAGAAGCACCGCAGCUGACCAAACCAUCCCCACUUCCCCCCCUCUUCCAAAAACCUUUAUUCUAGAUCAUCGAAGAAAUCAGACACUCCGUUCUGACAAUUGGCAAACUACCCGCAGACGCCCAGAUGGCCGCACGCCAGGUCUACCAUGACGGCAUAAACCUUUCGUUUGCAGUCUCCGCUGGCUUCGGUUUCAUCGCGACGGUUUCCGCACUCUUUGCGAGCGGAAAGGGAUUGUCGCGGGCGAGCAGCGGCGACACGAGGAUGGCCGCGUCCGGUUCUUAGAGGGGCUGGGGUUCGAAAGGAAUUGGGGGGGAUUCAAGGAGGUUACCGCGGUUACCGCACUGAGAAAUGAGUUCGUUGGCUAUUUUCUCGCUCACUGCACCGUGGGUAGAAUAAGGUAAGUGAUAUUUUUCUUCUUGGAAAUGCGAUGCGACUUUGCUAGAAUUGGAGGUUGGAGGUGAAGAGAAUGGAAGCUGGUUAAGGGCGUGCUACACAGGUGGAUUUACUGAUGGCAAGAUUUCCUGGAAUGAGAUGCAAGGUCAAAUGUGGGCCGUUAGCUGUUGUAAAAAUAAAAAAUGACGGCACCACUUCUCCAUUCACCUGAUAGUAAGAGAACAAAAGGUAGAAAAAAAAUAAAUAAAUUGGAGCUGCAAAGAGAACACAAGGCUGUUUAAAGAAAGAGAGAAAGAAAACAAAUCAUCUACAAAGUACAUUACAUGGCCCUAGCUGUGAAUGGAGACAAGCAGAGAUAUAAGAACUCUCAAGGAAAUGUUUUUGUCAUAUUAGCAAGCCACUGAAAAAUUACAAAAUAUUGAAAGGAGAGUGAUACGAUGAACAAAGUAACGUCGAGUUCUAGCAAGCAGAGUAAAACCAAUAGUUUUGCUGAGAAGGCAGCAUGGAAAGUCGGAAGAAUACAGAAAAUUAAGGUGAAGUGCAAAAAGAGCGUUUGUUGGGUUAUAUAGAAGCUGUAUGUAGGUAUUAGAUAAGAAAAAUACAGGUAUUAUGAUAUCAUAUGGCUGAUUGAUUUAAGAUGG